ACCAUGCUGACCAGCCACUCCCAGCUGGUGCUGUCUGUCUGCAUCAUCACCUUCCUGACCGGCCUGCCGGCCAACGCCCUGGCCUUCUAUACCUUCUGCAAGAAGGUCAAGAAGAAACCCACCCCCAUCGACAUACUGCUGCUCAACCUCACCACCUCCGACCUCAUUUUCCUCAUCUUCCUGCCCUUCAAGAUGAAAGAAGCGGCUGACAACAUGCUGUGGAAGCUGCCCUACACCCUGUGCCCCAUAACGGGCUUCGUCUUCUACUCCACCAUCUACAACAGCACGUUCUUUCUCACGGCAGUCAGCGUGGAGCGCUACCUGGGCGUGGCCUUCCCGAUCCGGUACAAGCUCUACCGCCGGCCCCUCUACACUGUGGUGGUCAGCAUCUUCUUCUGGGUGCUCUCCUCCGUCAACCUCAGCAUCGUCUACAUCAUGCCCUACUACGACCCCCAGAAUGUCAGCGACAGCACCUCCCCAACAGACUGCUACCGGGAGUUCACGCCCAAGCAGCUCCAGGUGCUCCUGCCCGUGAGGCUGGAGCUCUGCCUCCUGCUGUUCUGCGUCCCCUUCCUCAUCUCCUGCUUCUGUUACAUCAACUUCAUCCGCAUCCUCUCCAGGCUGCCCAACAUCAGCCGGCGGCGGCGGCUGCGGGCCAUCGGCCUGGCCCUGGGGACGCUGCUGGUCUUCGCCUUCUGCUUCGGGCCCUACAACGUGUCACACGUUGUGGGCUUCGCCACGAAGAGAAGCCCGGACUGGCGCCACAUCGCCCUGCUGUUCAGCACCUUCAACGCCUGCCUGGACCCCCUCAUCUUCUACUUCACCUCCUCCGCCAUGAGGAGCACGUUCAGCCACUGUCUGACUGGACUCACAGAGAGGCUGUGCCGUCUGCACUGCCACAGACCUCACUGCUGCCCCCUGCAGGGACCAUCUAACAUUGACAAAUACAAAGAGCCAGGGCCCCACGAGGGCAACGCGUGCAACGACAGUCCUCUCCCUGAUAUUAGCUAG